AUGGAUGCAUCAUGCCAUGCAACGUACAAUAGUCGCCGGCAAUCGCGUUUGUUAAAUCAAACAUCGAAAUCGUUAUGUUUCUGCGGCGACAGCAGCCCACCCGAACUUCACGCGCUGCCAAUUAAUAACGAGUCAGGCGUGGAAGCCAUUUUUCGGCUCUUUAGCCAAGCCGUGGCAUUCUGGGAACGCCUCAAGACAUGCCGACCUUGUUUGGAAGCCCACACACACCGCGUACUUGAUAUGAUUGAGAAUGUGACUGGGUUUCUAAGCAAUAAUGUCACUGAUACGGCCGUCAACUCGGUUCUGGCGCCUGAGAUGCAUAGCCGGAGCAGCAGCAGCAGUAGUAGUAUUAGGAGCGCGCCGCAAAACUUCGCACAACCUCGUGUGCCCGUUGUGGCUCCUUCCAGCUCCUCCCUGGCUGCAGCCCUUGAGAAUCUCCCUCCCAUGGCUCUCGGACGGUUUACUCUUGACAGUCAACAAGGAGCCACCCUGAUACGCUUUAUAUAUCGUCGAAUGUUACGCCAAAUAGCUUUAAUAUUGGAUGAGAUGCAGCAGAUGGAACAUAAUCAGCAUAUUCGAUGGGAAAGAGAGCUGGGAAACUACCUGAUACCAGUGUUGCAACUACUGGAGACUAUUAAAAAAUAG